CCCUAGUUUAAUGUUUAUGAAUAGAUUUAACGUGAAAGAACAUCAUUAAUCUUGGCAAACUAUAUAUCAUUUUAAAGGUGUAAGCCUCAAGCAUCGAUGAUAGAGCUCUGUUUUUCGAUGAAAAGCUUAUAACGAAUGUAUUUCUUGCAUUUAUGUAAGCAAUACAGAUCAAACAAACGUAAUCAAAAACGGAGUACAUACCAGUAGUGUCGUAAUAACGAGCCACACACGCAUCCACUGCUAAAAGUUCCAGAUUGGAUGGAAAGGUGAGGGUCCACUGAAUAACAUCCCAUAGAGCAUUUUUAGUCCAAAGAAACAAUAACGUUGUAACAUUGAUGGUUAUUCCUUUGUUUACAUCGAGUUUCUUCAGGGUGAAGUAUCAUACUUGUCGGUUAUGCAAUAAAAUUAUGCAUAAAAACAGACUCCCGGUAGCCGAACGUUAUAUGGGUGUGUUGCUUAGAGUGUAAUGAACAAAUUAAGACCGCACACACACACACAAAUACAAAGAUAGGCAAUAUAUAGGUCGAAAUAUCCAAACACUGCGGUCAGUUUUUUUGACGUCAUGAUAUGCUGAUCCUAUUGUUUUGUCUUUACAACGAAAGCCAAUGAAAUAAUUGAAAUGAUAUGACUGAUAGAAAAUGUAGCCAAGCAGUGCACGAUUCCAACGAUAUCCGGGAAGUUUAAAUUCCUCGCGAACAAGAUGUUUUUUUAUUUAUUUGAAUCAGCCACUCUAACCUGCGAAUUAGGCUGUGACCACACCCCCGUCAUUUGACAACAAACGAGCCAUAGUAAAAAGACGGUUCCCCAGUCAACAUCUGUUUUCGCGUCUUACUUACUGGACGGAUUAUCUCAUCAAAUGGAUCGUCAAAAGAAGUUUUUUUUCUGCUGAAGAUGUUUUAUUUGAGAUCACUCGAAGCAGCGAUGACGAAAUUGAGGAGUGAAUACAGCGACGACGGUGAUAUACUUGAGGACGGAAAAGAUGGUCCAAUUUUACAUCGUUUUUUGCCUUGGAGGAGUCAGUGAACAUUUAUAUCUAAGACACCAGGGGAAGUUACAGCAUCUUCUACUGCACCCUCCUGUGUGGUGUCCUCAUCUGCAGGCUGGGAUGAGAGGGCUCAGAUGCCUUUGUGUCGCGCUCCUGUAUACCUUCAUCUCCACUGUAUUUGCUCUUUAUUUCCCACCUCAUGUGGAACAGCUGCCAACUAUCACUAGUCAGACCUCAGGCCAUCUGAUUGCCUUGCCGUAUGAUGAGAGCUUCCUAUUCAUGUGUGAAGCCAAAGGGAACCCAAGACCUAUGUUCCGUUGGACUAAAGACGGAAUGGAUUUUGACCCACAUAAAGACCCUCAACUCAAAACAAAAGAGAGUAGUGGGUCUUUUGUAAUACCUAACAGUAAAGAUAAAGUGAAAUACCAGGGAAAGUACAGGUGUUAUGCCUCCAACAAGCUUGGAACUGCAAUAUCAGAGGAAAAAGAAUUUAUUGUGCCCAUGGUACCUAGGUUUCCCAAAGAGGAGAUAGAGCCAGUGGUGGUUGCGGAGGGAGAUUCAGUGGUUUUGGAGUGUAUCCCCCCAAAAGGGAUUCCACCUCUACAACUCUACUGGAUGACCAAAGAUCUUCGGCACAUCAAGCAGAAUGAGAGAGUGUCCAUGGCACUCAAUGGGAACCUGUACUUUUCUAAUACACUGGUGACUGAUAGCCACGACGACUACUGCUGUUUUGCCUCCUUUGCCUGGAUACGCACCAUCGUCCAGAAACCCAGCAUGGCCCUGAGGGUCAGAACAAUAAAUUCAAGCCAUGAUGGCAUCAUCAGUGUUCAUGAAAGGAAACCAAGAUUUUUGGUGCCCUCCAAUCAUAAGACAACCUUCCUAAAGAAAGGAGAGGAGCUGGAACUGGAGUGCAUCGCAGAAGGACUGCCCACGCCAACAAUAGAAUGGGAGAAGAUGAGGGACAGCUUACCAAAUCGUGCAAAUAUCAUGAAGUAUGGAAAGCUUCUGACUAUACCAGAUGUCACAGAACAGGAUGAAGGAAAAUACAUGUGCAAGGCCAAGAAUUCUCUUGGUGAAGCUGUCCAUCAUUUUCACGUUGUUUUAGAGGAGCCCCCUAGCUGGCGGGAAGAGCCAGUGAAGAUUCAGUUGGCAGAGAUUGGAUCUGACAUCCAAAUCAAGUGUUCUGCUAAAGGAAAACCACAACCCACAAUCACCUGGAAGAGAAAUGGAAGGCUCCUGGACGAUUUCCCUUCUAUCAAUCUGAAAGUACUCGAUGACAGCAUCAUCAUACAUAGAGCCAAGCUGAGAGACACAGCAGUAUACCAGUGUGAGGCCUCCAACAAACAUGGGACCCUACUUGCUAAUGCUAACGUCUUAGUCAUGAAUCAUCCUCCUUUGAUUCUGACUCAGAAUUAUCUGGAGUAUGCAACCAUGUUAGGGAAGAGUGUGAUUAUGGACUGCAAAGUCUUUAGCUCUCCAACAGCAACCCGUCAUUGGAGAAGAGAAGACCCAGAGGGCUCAGUAGAUGGGGAGGGAUUUUCUCUUCUAAAGAACGGCUCCCUGCAGAUUCAUAGAGUUGAGAUGGAAGACAAGGGCCAGUACAAAUGUUUAGCAAACAACUCAGAGGGCACCGCAAGCAUCACCACUGAACUUUUCAUUAAAGAUUCAACUAGAAUUGUGAAACCUCCUCAAGACAUAAAGGUCAGAAGAGGAUCUAUGACAGAACUGGAAUGCCUGGUUGAGUGCGACCCAACCCUCAGAAGAGAGCUGGAGAUCCUGUGGCUGAAGGAUGGGAUAGAUAUCCUCUCUAACUACACAGAAGACUCAGGAUAUAACAUAGAUGAUGGAAAUCUCCAGAUAUUCAAUGUGAGCCACAGUGAUGAAGGAAAUUACACCUGCAUUGUUCGAACCUCACUGGACCAAAAUAUGGCCUCCGCAUAUGUAACUGUGUUAGAUGUCCCUGAUCCACCGAUACAACUGGUGCUUUCUGACCUGAAAGGCCGCAGUGUGAUGCUCCACUGGUUGGCCUCCAAUUAUCAAAACAGCCCUAUAACAGAGUUUAUCAUCCAGUAUGAAGAGAACCACUGGGAGCCGGGCAAGUGGAAGGAGCUUCUACAAGUCUCCAGUAGUCAGUACUCAGCCCCCCUGAUGCUAUACGGCCACAUUAACUACCAGUUCAGAGUCAUCGCUGUCAAUGCUAUGGGGAGAAGUCAUCCCAGCAUGUCCUCUGAAAGAUAUAAAACACCUCCUUGUGCUCCAGACAGGAACCCAGAAAACAUUAAGAUUGAGGGUCACCUGCCACAUCAAAUGGACAUCAGCUGGGAGCCACUUUUGCCUGUGGAACACAACGGUUCCGGUCUGGAAUACAAACUGAGCUACAGGCUCCUGGGUGUUGAGGAAAUCUGGAAAGAGCAGAUGGUGAAGCGACACUCAUUUGUGGUGUCAGACACCCCAACAUUCGUCCCCUACGAGAUCAAGAUCCAGGCCCACAAUGAGCAUGGUUGGGCUCCAGAACCCAGAGUGGUGACUGGCUAUUCUGGGGAAGAUUUGCCCUUGGUGGCUCCAGAGAACAUAUCUGUGGAAGUGUUGAACUCUACACUGCUGAGGGUCAGCUGGUCACCAGUGCCCCAGGCCGCUCUAAGGGGUCAUCUCGGAGGAUACACAGUGCACUGGUGGCAAACUCAAAGUCUGUUGACCACUAAGAGAAUCCCCUCAGAGAGACAGACUCUCAGCAUCCAUGGGAACAGGAGUCACACCAUGGUGCCAGGAUUGAAGCCAUUCUCUCAAUAUAGCCUGACUGUCAACGUCUUUAACAGGAAAGGGGAUGGACCAAGCUGCAGUCACAUCUCUUUCACAACUCCACAGGGAGUUCCUGAGCAACCUCCCAUACUUCGAGCCACAAACUUUCAGAAAAAUUCCAUCACGCUAGUGUGGGCACCUCCACAUGAAGCCAAUGGCUUUCUCACGGGUUACUUGCUGGAAUACCAGACAAUUAACGAGACCCUUGGCAAACUGAACUCAGUGAAUAUCAGCUCUCCAGAAAUGACACAGUGGGUGUUGCAUGAUCUGCGGGAAGACAACUGGUACAAGUUCUACCUGAGUGCAUGCACAGAGGUGGGCUGCGGUUCAGCCGUCAGUGAGGAAGGAGGCACCAUGUUUGAAGCAUUGUCCAGCGAACAAGCCUUGCCAUCUCAGGAGUGGUUGGUGGGGAUGAUGUGUGCAGUGGCUAUACUAACUCUAUUAGUCCUUAUUGGCUGUUUUGUGCUCAGGAACAAAGGUGGCAAGUAUGCAGUGAAGGAAAAAGAGGAAUCUCCCGCUGAUCCAGAAUCUCUAGCCAUGAGCGAAGAAACUCCUUGUCAAUACAGUGAUGAGAAACCUCUGAAGAGCAGCCGGCAAUUGCUUGUGGGAGACUUCAAAGAGGAUGAUAGCAGUGAGGACAGCUCUGUAAUAUCAGAAGAUGAGGACUGUGAGUUCAAUGACGAUGGCUCGUUCAUCGGCGAGUACUCAGAUUACACACGUAGGGGGUCCACGGAGGUGAACGGACACACCUCAGUGACUGCUUAAGAUUGUGGUUCAUUCUUAUGGACUUAAAACAUUUUGACAGAAAAAUUCAAAUGUGUGUGGUGCACCAUGAAUGUGCCUGUUUUUUAAGAGUUUGCUGUUGCAUGAAGGGCCACCUCUUUACAUUGUUAUUAUGGAAGUUGAUGACAGGUUAAAGAAAAAGCUCAAUUCUGUCAUGUACUUAGCCUCAUGUAAUUCCAAACCUUUCUUUCAUGGAACACAAAAAGAGAUAUUAGAUAUUAGCUGAAUAUUUUCAUGCAAUGAAAGUGAAUGGUGACCAGUGGGUGUCAAGCUCCACAAAUGACAAAAAGCUAUAUGCAUGUGCCAUGUACGUUUUUUAGAGUCAUACAAUAGCUUUGUGUGAGGAAUUUUUUUUUUUAUUUGUUGAAAUUUAUGUCACUAAGUUACAGCCAUCAUACCUCACUCAUUUUUGAGUAUAUUCAAAUAUGGCAUGUCAAAACAAACAUGUCAUGCUCGUUUUGACAACAAUAAUGCCAAAGGUAAAUCACACUGGUAUGGAAUAACAUGAGGGUGUGACAAUAAUAAAAAAAUGUUUAUCCCUUUCAUAGAGGUUAUUUUUUUGUUUUAUAAAACAUAAUUGGCAGGCUUGUCCAACAAAUCAAACAAGCACACAGAAAUGACUGGUUUGUGCACCUUAGAAUUGAUGUGGAUUGCAAGGUUAGAUUAGGUAACAUUUUUACUUUUCCUGCUGAAGAAAAAUAAAUAAUUCACGGCCUGUCACAAGAUAGAUGUCUUGACAGCACAAUUUUCGGUUACAUGUUAGCGUGUGUGGGCAAUCAUGUAACCUAUCUGCACACCUCUCAGCAAGAUGUUGACACAGAAACAAAACAAUUAUGUUCAGACUCAUCUAUAUAUACUAGAGAACAUAUUUCUGUUUAACCAUACAUUUGAUUAAAACUGACAUGCUAUGGCACAAAAAAAUUUUUAUGGAAAAGGUCAACAUUGAA